AAAAAGAACUUUUCUUUGGGAAAUCUGUGGCUUCCUCUUCUCUUUCUCGCUCUCUCCUUCUCGUCAGAAUAUAUAUCCCUAUAUAUAUAUCUGCCCCGACUGCUUGUUUAUUAUCGUGCCCAAUAAUCAUCAUUUGACUUCCAAAAAAUGGCGGGAAUUGAAAACGUUACCAACACUGUCCCCUCGUUCGAAGAUGCGGAUUCGGAGUAUGCUUGGGAAUACACUCGCAACGGAGACUACGACGAAGCCGACGACGCCGACGACAACUGCUCGUUGUUCAGCGUUGAAACCUGUUCCUCGGCAUCCUCAAUAUCCCGCUCCUCAAACACCGCCAACUACCGCUUCGAAAACAACCGACGAUACCAGUCGUUCCGUGAGGACUGGCCAUUGCCGAACGAUGAGCAAGAGCAAGAUCGCAUGCAGAUACUCGAUCAGAUGCUGUCUCUACGGUUAAAUCAACAGUUACACUUGGUUCCCCUGGAGCAGCCCAAGAGGAUCUUGGAUGUUGGUACCGGAACAGGUGUUUGGGCGAUCGAUAUGGCCGACAAGUUUCCGAACGCUCGGAUCAUCGGCACGGAUCUCUCCCCGAUCCAAGUGGCCGGUCCCGUCAACUGCACUUUCGAGAUCGAAGACGCGAACGACGAGUGGCUGUACCCUCCCAACUACUUUUCGCUAGUUCACAGCAGGUUUCUGCUGGGCGGAAUCAACGACUGGCCCACAUUUUUCUCGGAAGCUUACAGAACCUUACACCCCGGGGGCUGGCUCGAGCUUCAAGACGAUCCAGGCAAGCUAUACACGGACAACGCCUCGACGCCGCUAUCCACGCUGGCCAUCACGCGCGCCACCAGCUGCUUCUCGUCCUUCCUCACCAGCCAGGGCCGCGCUAGCGGCGAGGAACUCUUCACCUUCGAUGCGCUCAUGCGCGCCGCCGGCUUCGUGGACGUCGAACUGACCCGCCACAACAUUCCGCUCGGUGCUUGGUCGAAGGAAAGCGCCACCGAGCAGGAGAUCGGUACCCUGAAUAUGCUCAGCGCUCUCGAGGGCGUCGAUGCGUAUAUAUUUGCGUGCGUGGACCCGGGCGAGGCGGAGGCCCUCGCCAGACAGGCGAAGAGGGAUAUCACAAACAAGAAAUUGGAGCUGUACACGACUUUCGUGGUGCUGAAAGGAAGAAAACCAGUGGGCUGCGAGACUUUACCCGCAGUCCACCCAUGACCCCCCCUUCCACCCUCCCUUCACCCUUCAUUUCCCUACUUCCUACCUAUUCCUUUUCACUUUCUCCUUUUCUCCUUCUCUCUUUUCUAUAGAUGGAUACCGGUGUUUUG